CUAAUCUUAGUCCAACUCGAUGGACCAGGCCAUAUUAGAUCUCGCAGGCUCGCUCCGUGGCUCGUCUUCCUCCUCGCGCCAGCACCGCCACCGCUGCCGAGCGCCCCAGCCCCCUGGCUCGUCUUCCUCCACCGCAGGUUGAUCUCACCUCUCUCUCCCGACCGUUUCUCCUGCCAUCACCCCACGAACGGAUCCCGCCCUUUAGCUCCCCGUUUCAUCUUCCCCAAUUCAUAACUGAGGCGAAAAUCAAAGUGGGGCGGCCGCCCUACCUUGCCCCUACCGGGUCCUCCGCCCGUGCUGCCGCGAGAAAGAGAUGGGUGAGAUGAACUGGGUGAACAGGAAGAUCCACCUCUACAACGUCACCAUGGGCCUCUACAUGCUCGAUUGGUGGGAGCGAUGCCUCUUCAACAUAAUGGUGCUGAUCCUGCUCUGUUUUAUCUGCUUAAAUGGAUCUCGCUUCGCCAUGGAUGUCUAUCAGAGCCAUCUGAAGUCUCGGUUUAUGCAUGGCGGGAACCAUGGCAUGGGAGGAAUCGGCAUGCCCUCAUAGUCGUUGAACAGAGAAGAAAAACAUGCUGGUUCUGAAAUCUGAAUGCGGUUCAAGUAACUCGGUUUCGUAGUUUUGUAUAUGUGUAAUCUGCUUAAGUUUUUCUUUUUUUGUGUGUGUUAAUUUUGCACUAUGUCAAGUGGUAGAUUGUACUGUGAGAUGGCUUGCCGUAAGAUAGUAGUACCGUGCAUAACUUAAUUGUCGUAUGACUAUGAGCUCAGUGACCGCCUCUUUGCAUUCUGUGCUGCCGGAACAGUGUGUAGAGGUGAACGAUCUCUUACGAGUUUGUCAAUGCUAGAAUUUA